AUGCAUGAGACUCAUCUCCAAGUCGAUACAGGCAAAGUCGUCAGGCUCGGCCCGAACGAGUAUAGCAUUAAUGAUGUCGACGCUCUGAGGACCAUUUAUGGCCCCGCAACUCGGUUCAUCAAGGCUCCAUGGUACUCUGCGUUCGAUGAGCCCAGCGCUCCCCAUUCCACCAUAUUUUCGAUGAAGGAUAUCAAAGCCCAUGGCCAGGAGAGGCGAAAGUACGCUACUGCGUAUUCCAUGUCGACAAUGUUGUCUUAUGAGAUGCACGUCGAUCAAUGCAUUGAGAUCUUGGAUCAGAGAUUUCGCGAAUUUUCUUCUACCAAGGAGCUUAUCAACUUCGGCCACUGGAUGCAGUGUUAUGCUUUUGAUUUUUCGAAACGCUUUGGGUUCCUUGAUCGCGGCCAUGAUAUUGAGAACUUGAUAAGUUCAUUGGACGCUUUCAACUUCUAUGGCUCUCUUGUGGGCAUCAUACCUGAGUGGCAUAGAUUCCUCUUUCCUUUGAUCAAUUUCUUCAAGCAGAAGACUGGGCUUCGGUACCUCUUUGAGUUUGGACGAGCCGCUAUCAAGGAGCGCAAGCAAGAUAGCGAUAGGCAGGAUGGCCCCAGCGAUUUUGCAACCAAAUUCAUGGAGGCCAGCGCAGAAAGUUCCAAGUUCACCGACUUGAAUACGCUACGAGGAUGCAUGGCAAACAUCAUUGCGGGAAGCGACACGACGUCUGCUACGUUGAACUCCAUCCUGUUUCGCAUCUACGGUGACUCAAGUUGCCUACAACGACUUCGUGAUGAGAUUGAUCAAUUUCCAAAGCAAGGUGGCAUGACACAACCCAUUAGCUACAAAGAAAGUUUGCAAAUGCCAUAUCUACAGGCCUGUAUCAAAGAAGGUCUGAGAAUACACCCGGCGACCGGUCUCCCGCUGUUCAGAUUGGUUCCUCCGGGCGGAGCUACCAUUGCUGGCGUCAACUUUCCUGCCGGUGCCGUCGUGGGCAUCAAUUCUUGGGUCGCGCAUCAUGACAGCGACGUCUUUGGCCCCGAUCCGGGUGUCUUUCGACCUGAGCGAUGGAUUGCUACCAAUGCAGAAGAUAAGGAUAGGAUCUCUACACUCGAUCGCUAUUUUAUGCCAUUUGGUCAUGGAGCACGAACAUGCCUAGGCAAGAACAUUUCUUAUUUGGAAAUAAACAAGGUCGUACCAUGGAUUGUGCAGAACUUUGAUCUACAGAUCCGAGGUGGCACAGCAGAGGAUAGCAGAUUCAUGAAAGCGAAGAACUAUUUCUUCGUGAAACAGAGUGAAUUUCAGGGCACUUUGACUUUGAGAGGGUUACAUGACUAG